UAAUCUCCGGAGGCUCCCGGAAGGAGCUGCAUUGGCCCUGGGAGGAGAGGCUUCCAUGCAGUGCCCAUGCUCGGAUACCUGGCAGCCGCUGCUGUGUGCCUGGCGGCAGUGCUAGUCCUGCGGACGGAUCCAUGGUCCUUCCCUGAGGUCCCCGGGUUGAGCUCUAUCUUUCCAGAGCAGUGCAAGGUGAAGGAAGGGCGGCUGCUGAGCCAGGAGGAGCUGUCCAGAUACCAUGGGGGGCAGGGCAGCCCCGGCUUGUACCUGGCUGUGCUGGGCCGGGUGUUUGAUGUGCAGAAGGGAAUACAGCACUACGGGCCUGGGGGCUCCUACAGCUUCUUUGCAGCAAAGGAUGCCUCCCGAGCCUACGUGACUGGAGACUUCACAGAUGCUGGCCUAGUAGAUGAUGUGUCCGAACUCUCCCCAACACAGAUGUUACACCUCAACAACUGGCUCAGCUUUUACCAGAAGAAUUAUCUCGCGGUUGGUAAACUCAUAGGACACUUUUAUGAUGAAGAUGGAGAUCCUACCAAAGCUUUAGAAGAUGCUUUAACAGUCAUUGACGUUGGGUUAAAGUUAAAAGAGCAGAGACAUGAAGAGAAUAAGCAAUUCCCACCAUGUAACUCAGAAUUUAGCUCUGGGGCCAGCAAAGUGUGGUGUUCCAAAAAUAGUGGUGGAAUAAAAAGAGAUUGGGUUGGUGUCCCCAGAAAAUUGUAUCUAGCUGGAUAUGAUGGAUAUCGUUGUGUGUGCGUCAGGACUAAUGGUCCCCCAUCAGAAAAUCCAGACUCUAAAGAACACCAUGAUCGGGGAGAUCUAGACAAUGCAUCUCUAAAGGAAUAUAAAGACUGCAACCCUCUGUUUGACUGGUGCUGGCUUAAAGAAUAAAUGAUAUACCUAUAAUCCUAACUGGCUGAUAUUUGCAACAUGCUAAAUGCUAUAGUUUAUAAGAUGGAUUCC